AUGGCACGUCCAGCCAACAUGGUAGCACCUUGGCCUUCAAUCCUUCACGUUCAUUUCUUUUUCUUAUUUUCUAUAAGCAUUCUCAGCUUACGACCUGAGAUUUGUCUCAGUUAUAAUUUGGUAAAUGAGACUGAUCGGAUUUCACUUUUGGAGUUCAAAGCCAAGAUAGCCGCUGAUCCAUAUGGAAUCUUGAGCUCAUGGAACGAUUCUGUCAACUUCUGCAAAUGGCAAGGGGUUAUUUGUGGCCGAAAACACCACAGAGUUACGUCACUAAACCUGCACGGGCUGAGCUUGUCGGGAACCAUAUCUUCAUAUGCAGGGAACCUCACCUUCUUAAGGUUCCUCAACCUCGCUGGCAACAGAUUUUAUGGGGAAAUUCCCCAAGAAGUUGGCCGUCUGUUUCGUCUAAGACAUCUCAACCUGAGGAACAACACGUUGGGAGGAGAAAUUCCAAUCAACAUCAGCUUUUGUUCAGAGCUUAGGGUUAUGAAUUUGGCCGAUAAUGGCUUAGUGGGGAAAAUUCCUGCCGAACUAGGCUCUUUAAAGAAGCUUGUGACACUUUUCCUUGGUCCAAACAACCUCACGGGAAAGAUCCCACAUUCUGUUGGAAACCUUUCGUCCCUCCAACGUUUCUAUGUAUCAUAUAAUCAUAUGGAAGGAAAUAUUCCGAAUGAAUUGGGACAAAUAACAAGCUUAACUGUGCUCGCGCUGGGACCUAAUAAUCUGGUUGGUUCAAUUCCUUCUAACCUCUACAAUAUGUCAUCCAUCACUGUGCUAUCUGUUUCACAGAAUCAAUUGCAUGGGAAGCUUCCAGCAAAUAUUGGACUCACUCUUCCUAACCUGCAAAUUUUUGGAAUCGGCAUGAACCAAUUCAGUGUAAGUAUUCCACUUUCAAUGACGAAUGCUUCUUAUCUUGAAAUAGUUGACAUCUCUGCCAACAGUUUCACAGGACAAGUCCCAAUCAAUCUUGGAGAUUUGAAAGGUCUUCAACGGCUGAACUUGGAACUCAAUUUUCUGGGCAAUAAUUCAAGUAAGGAUUUGGCUUUCAUAACAUCUUUGUCAAACUGCAGCAAUCUCCAAGCUCUAUCUCUUGCUGAUAACAAUUUUGGCGAUGUAUUACCUAGCACCAUAGUUAAUAUUUCUACCCUUGGUGAUCUAAGUUUAGGAAGAAACCAAAUAUCCGGUAGAUUUACCUGUUGGCACAUUACAGUGGCCAUAAUAUUUAUUUUGGCAAAACCAGCUUUUUCUCGAAAAAAGAGAGAAAUCUAUUCUCUAUUACAAGUCAAUAUGAUAGAUUUACCUGAACUCCUGGUUAGUGCAUUAGGUCAGCACAAGACUCUGCUUCUCUUCCUCUGA